ACCUACUCUGGGCUCUUCUGUGUGACUGUCAACCCCUACAAGUGGCUGCCAGUCUACAACCAAGAGGUGGUUGUUGCUUAUAGAGGAAAGAAGAGGAGUGAAGCUCCUCCUCAUAUCUUCUCCAUCUCUGAUAAUGCCUACCAGUACAUGCUGACUGACAGAGAAAACCAGUCAAUCCUUAUCACUGGAGAAUCCGGUGCUGGAAAGACAGUAAACACCAAGCGUGUUAUUCAGUACUUUGCCAGCAUUGCUGCUGUCCCAGGUGGGAAGAAAGAUCAAGCUGCUGAAAAGAAG